GUGACGGCAUCUUCAGAGCAGACGCACACAGACACCAGGACAGACGAGGAAGAAAUGAGCAGCGUCUUCUCUCCCAGUGUUUCCUCCACACAUGAAGGUGGAAAGUGUCUGUAAGUCGACCUGAGGUGUGGACUCUGCUAUGAAUCAGGCUGAGGACAGAGAGGAGGGAGUCCCUCCCUCUAAAACCACUCUGUGUGGGGAACAUGACAGCCAGACCAAAGCUCAGAGGUCAGACUCGCCUGUGUCCAGCUGUGUGUCCUUUAACAGUGACCUGUCUAUGGAGAGACCCAUCCACCUCAAAGGUGGACAUCCUUCUAUUGAUCAGAGGAUCCAACAUGAGAGACCAGACUCUUCUAGUCCUGGACCUGAACCCAGCUGUGUCUCCAUCAGAAGUGACUGGUCGAUGGAGAGACCUAUUGAUUUCAAAGGUGGACACCAGUCAACUGACAAAAGAUUUCAUCCGCUUCCCAGUGGUCAGUCUGCCCAGCAGCAUCAAACAAACCUGGACUUCAUAUUUAUGCUGCUGGAGGAGAACAUUGUCAGUUUUGUGAAGAAUGAGCUGAAGAAGAUCCAGACAAUUCUGGGUCCACAUUACCCAGAAUGCUCUAAUAGUCAGAGGGAGGAUGAGGAGGUGUUGGAUGGUGAGUAUGAAGAGCAGAGGAGGAGCAGCAGAGAGGCAUUUCUGAAGAUCACACUGAACUUCCUGAGGAGAAUGAAGCAGGAGGAGCUGGCUGACUAUUUGCAGAGCAGGACUGUUGCUGCAGUGUGCCGACGCAAACUCAAGUCUAACCUGCAGAAGAAGUUCCAGUGCGUGUUUGAGGGGAUUGCUAAAGCAGGAAACCCAACCCUUCUGAAUCAGAUCUACACCGAGCUCUACAUCACAGAGGGAGGGACUGCAGAGGUCAAUGAUGAACAUGAGGUCAGACAGAUUGAAACAGCAUCCAGGAAACCAGACAGACCAGAAACAACCAUCAGACAAGAAGACAUCUUUAAAGCCUCACCUGGAAGAGACAAACCAAUCAGAACAGUGAUGACAAAGGGAGUGGCUGGCAUUGGGAAAACAGUCUUAACACAGAAGUUCACUCUGGACUGGGCUGAAGACAAAGCCAACCAGGACAUACAGUUCACAUUUCCAUUCACUUUCAGAGAGCUGAAUGUGCUGAAAGAGAAAAAGUACAGCUUGGUGGAACUUGUUCAUCACUUCUUUACUGAAACCAAAGAAGAAGGAAUCUGCAGGUUUGAAGAGUUUCAGGUUGUGUUCAUCUUUGACGGUCUGGAUGAGUGUCGACUUCCUCUGGACUUCCGCAACAAUGAGAUCCUGACUGAUGUUACAGAGUCCACCUCAGUGGAUGUGCUGCUGACAAACCUCAUCAGGGGGAAACUGCUUCCCUCUGCUCGCCUCUGGAUAACCACACGACCUGCAGCAGCCAAUCAGAUCCCUCCUGACUGUGUUGACAUGGUGACAGAGGUCAGAGGGUUCACUGACCCACAGAAGGAGGAGUACUUCAGGAAGAGAUUCAGAGAUGAGGAGCAGGCCAGCAGAAUCAUCUCCCACAUCAAGACAUCACGAAGCCUCCACAUCAUGUGCCACAUCCCAGUCUUCUGCUGGAUCACUGCUACAGUUCUGGAGGAUGUGAUGAAGACCAGAGAGGAAGGAGAGCUGCCCAAGACCCUGACUGAGAUGUACAUCCACUUCCUGGUGGUUCAGACCAAACUGAAGAACGUCAAGUAUCAUGGAAAGUCUGAGACAGAUCAUCACUGGAGUCCAGAGAGCAGGAAGAUGAUUGAGUCUCUGGGAAAACUGGCUUUUGAUCAGCUGCAGAAAGGCAACCUGAUCUUCUAUGAAUCAGACCUGAGAGAGUGUGGCAUCGAUAUCAGAGCAGCCUCAGUGUACUCAGGAGUGUUCACACAGAUCUUUAAAGAGGAGAGAGGACUGUACCAGGACAAGGUGUUCUGCUUCGUCCAUCUGAGUGUUCAGGAGUUUCUGGCUGCUCUUCAUGUCCAUCUGACCUUCAUCAACUCUGGAGCCAAUCUGAUGGAAGAAGAACCAACAGGCACCACUCGGCUGCCUAAAGUCUUCAGAGACAAACCUACACUAACACAUCUCCACCAAAGUGCUGUGGACAAGGCCUUACAGAGUCCAAAUGGACACCUGGACUUGUUCCUCCGCUUCCUCCUGGGUCUCUCACUGCAGACCAAUCAGACUCUCCUGUGUGGUCUGCUGACACAGACAGGAACAAACUCAAAGAGCAGUUACAAAACGGCCAGGUACAUCAAGAAGAAGAUCAAAAAGAAUCCAGAUCCAGAGAGAAGCAUCAACCUGUUCCACUGUCUGAAUGAACUGAAUGAUCCUCUAGUGGAGGAGAUCCAACAGUCCCUGAGAACAGGAAGUCUCUCCACAGAUAAACUGUCUCCUGCUCAGUGGUCAGCUCUGGUCUUCAUCUUACUGUCAUCAGAAGAAGAUCUGGACGUGUUUGACCUGAAGAAAUACUCUGCUUCAGAGGAGGCUCUUCUGAGGCUGCUGCCAGUGGUCAAAGCCUCCAACAAAGCUCUGCUGAGUGGCUGUAACCUCUCGGAGAGAAGCUGUGAAGCUCUGUCCUCACUUCUCAGCUCCCAGUCCUCCAGUCUGAGAGACCUGGACCUGAGUAACAACGACCUGCAGGAUUCAGGAGUGAAGCUGCUGUGUAGUGGACUGACGAGUCCACAUUGUAGACUGGAAACUCUCAGUCUGUCAGGAUGUCUGGUCACAGAGGAAGGCUGUGUUGCUCUGGCCUCAGCUCUGAGCUCCAACCCCUCCCAUCUGAGAGAGCUGGACCUGAGCUACAAUCAUCCUGGAGACUCAGGGAUGAAGCUUCUCUCUGUGGGACAAAAGGAUCCAAAAUGGAGGUUGGACACUCUCAGGGUGGAUCAUGGUGGACAGCAGUGGUUAAAACCUGGUCUGAGGAAGUAUUUCUGUGAACUCACACUGGACACAGACACGACACACAGAAACCUCAAACUGUCCGACAACAACACAAGGGUGACAGUAGUGAGAGGAGAUGAUGAUUGGCCAAAGAGAUUUGAGUACUGGACUCAGCUGCUGUGUAGAAAUGGAGUGACUGGUCGCUGUUACUGGGAGGUGGAGUGGAGAGGAAGAGUUCGUGUAGCGGUGACUCACAGAGGAAUCAGAAGGAGCAGAGACAGUAAUGACAGCUGGUUUGGAGGGAACGAUGAGUGUUGGAGUCUGGAUUGUUCUGGUGCUGGUUACACAGUCUGGCACAAUGACAGAGAAAUAUUCCUCUCUCCCUUCUUCUCCUCCUCCUCCUCCUCCUCCUCCUCCUCUGUCUCUCACAGAGUAGCAGUGUAUGUGGACUGUCCUGCCGGCACUCUGUCCUUCUUCAGAGUCUCCUCUGACACACUGAUCCACCUCCACACCUUCAACACCACCUUCACUGAGCCUCUUUAUCCUGGGUUCAGGUUCUGGUCAUACGAGUCCUCAGUGUCUCUGUGCUCUCUGUAGGAGAGAGACGACUCACAGUCCUCAACCCAGUUGCCAGAAAAACAUGGAUGGAUAGUUGGAUAGUUAUGGAGAAGGCUCGCCUCAGGUCCGGCAGCAGUGAGAUGAUAGGCUGACAGAGAAGGUGUGUCUCUGUGCUAUUGGCUGAUUGUGGAUCAGCUGUAGAAGAACAGCUGAUGACUCGACUGACCGGCCGAACACUGACAGCCAGAGAUGGAGCGUGAGCAGAUGUGUUAGGAGUGAAUGGGUGAGGAUGAAAGUUACAGAAAGAAUUGUCUUCCUGACUGAACUUUCACUCGAGCUCCAUUAUGUCGAGGACACUCUGAAAUUUUAUGUUUCAUCAACACUGCUGUUUCCUGCUGGAAACACAGCGAUGUCUCAGAACAAUCUGCUCUCAUGUCUCGAUCCUGGCAGAAAUAAACAGCAACAGGUUAUUGUAAAGCUCAUUUAGGACACUUACGACUUCAUCAUGCACACAACUGCAUUUCUUAUAUUUUAUUCUGUUGUUGUUUAUUCUAUUGAUGUAUAUAUGGCAGUUAAAUUUCACACUUACAGGCUCAGCACACAUAUAUAUUUUAUUUUUAAUACUUUUAUAUCUUGAGUACUAGUGUUACACACUGUGGCAUAAUGAACAUGCUAUUUUAUUUAUUUUAAUGCUUUAUAUUUACUUACUUUUAUUUCAUACUCUUGUUCUUCUUAUAAUUCUCUGUUCUUUGAAAAGAUCUCCUCGGGGCUGAACAUGAAAUUUACUAUAAAAAGAGUUUCCUUGUGUCGGGGUAGCUGCUGAUGUAAUUGUGGUUAUCACGUAGUUAUCAAAGGCAAAUAAAGACAAGUUCAUGUUCA